AUGGACCAAAAAGAUGAAAUUAAAGGCCAAUCGAUGGCUUCAAUCUCUCAAACAGCUUUUUCUGCCACAGAAUUAACUGAAAGUCAAACAACUAUAUCUCAAUUUACAACAGAAACUCAUCUAAUCGGCAUCAAUAAAAAUCAAUCAAAGUCUUCAUUCAAUUUUCUUACGACUCUGAAAUCAGUCUUUACUCGUAAGCCUUCAAUUCAAGACCCUUCUAACAAAAGUACAAAAAUAUUGCAAACACAAUUGAUACAUCUUAGAGAUACAGAACCCGAAUAUGGAGUA